AUGCAAAUUCAACUAAUCCCGAAUGAGAAUGGUGUGAAAGAAUGGAUGGCGAUCGAAUUGCACGGCACAAUUACUCCACAAAACGGCGAAUUCGACGAAAAAACCCUCGGAACCAUAUGUUGGUGUGGGAAGAGUGUUUUCAUGAUUAUUGGAAAUCAGACAUUAGAGGGAAAGGUGAGUUUUUCGAAAAUUUAGAGUUCUGUAGCCAGUGGAAGAUUUUUUUAGAUCACAAAAAUCGAUCGACCUCUUCUAGUUCUUCACAAAUCGCAAAACCCCGAAGAUGUCAUGAUUCCGGACGAAAAAAUCGCGCGCGUCGAAGCUAUUGUGCGACAAAAAUUGAUUUUCAAAAUUCGCCCACGACCUUUGGUAAUUUCUGCAACUUCUGUGCCUGUACAAUAA